GGAGGGUUUCCAGUCUGAAGUCAGCUAAUCGGCCGGCUGCUCGUCACCUGUUGGGAGUCUGAGCCACGGAUUUAAAAUAGAAUGAGCCGCGCCGACAAGAAGGACGAACCUGCAGUUUACCAACGGGUCGUGUUGAAGAACGCCUCGCCGUACCACUACUUGAAGUGUGCUGGAGGACGAGUCUACCAGACUGAGUGCAGUUGAACUGAAGCAGUUCAUCAUCACAGGCCUGAACAGCCUGUAUGGAGAGGUGGGAGCAGCGUUGACCUUUGACCUGUUGAAGUACGAUGAAGACACCCUCACUGCUCUCCUGCGUGUUUACAGCAAGGGUUUGGUGAAGCUGUGGAGCUCCCUGACUCUGCUGGGCUCCUACCAGAACCAGGCCUGUGCCUUCAGAGUGCUGCAGGUUUCACCGUUCCUGCUCGCGCUGACAGGAAACAGCCGGGAGCUGCAGCUGGACUGAAGGGCGAUGAGAAUCUUCCGGAUGACUUUGACGUGGAGCAGUCUCUUUAAUAAACGGCGGCUGUGCCUCUCCCCUCCCUCCUGCCGGCUGCUCCACGUCGGCCAGCGGGCCUCCCUCACCAAAGCCUUCUCCUCCCGCGACGUGGAGCUGUUCGCCGAGCUGACGGGCGACACCAACCCGCUCCACCUGGACCCGGCCUACGCCAGCACCACCUCCUUUGAGACGCCCAUCGUCCACGGCGUCCUCAUCAACGGCCUGAUCUCCGCCGUGCUCGGCACCAGGAUGCCCGGCCGCGGCUGCAUCUUCCUGUACCAGGAGAUCCGCUUCCCGGCGCCGCUCUACAUCGGCGAGGAGGUGACGGCCGAAGCCGAGGUCCGCAAGAUCAAGAUGUCGUUCGCCUUCAUCGCCGUGACGUGCUCCGUCCAGGACAAGGUGGUGAUGGAGGGGGAGGUGAUGGUGAUGAUGCCCGAGGAACAGCAGCAGAAGGAGUGAGAGAAGGAGGGGAGGACGAUUUGACAGUUGCAGUGAUUUCAAAAUGGUCGCUGCAGCACCAGUGUGUAGCUCGGCAUCUCCCGAUGAUUUGAUGGACUUCGCUCCACGUCGGCUUCAUACUGUGAUUUUUGUUGUUUUUUGAUCAUGUCGUUAAAGGCUGGCGACGAGAAGGGUGUCGGGACAGAGCAGCUACCGGAGAGGUAGAGAGAUUUAUUGUGUAGAUGUUUUAAUUUGUCAGAUCUGCUCUGUAUUUUGUUUAAUGUGAAAUAUUGUUGAAUAAAAACUUGAGAAAAUCA